AGCUCUUUCAUCUUUUCGAUCUCUCUUCUGAACAACUUUACUCUACUACCCGAAUUCAGACCUUCAUACACGCGACCUAUCCAACUCGUAGCGAAAAAGAAACGCAUCAUGUCUGACCUCACUUAUUACAACUACAAAGGUGUCGGGGAGUACAACGCCGAACAUCACGGUUAUUCACAAGCUGUCAGAGUUGGCGAUACCAUCCAAUGUUCCGGACAAGGUACGUCGAUUCUCGUUCCCAUGACAACUCUCGUCGGCGAAAUCAGAUCCUUACGCGUUCUUCGCUUCUUGCAUUUUACAGGUGGUUGGGAUGAAAGCGGUAAAUUCUUUAGAGAGAUCAAUCAACAGAUCGACAAAGCUUUCGAGAAUGUCGAUCUCGCUUUAAAGACCGCCGGUGGUAAAGGAUGGGAACAGGUAUUUCGAGUCAACAGUUAUCAUGUCCCGCUCAACGGAGAAGCGCAAGAGGCGAUGACCCGAAACUUCAAAAAGUGGAUGCCAAAUCAUAAGCCUCUUUGGACUUGUGUCGGUGUCACUCGAUUGGGAGAGGAUGAUAUGCGAGUAGAAGUUGAAGUUCAGGCUUAUGACCCUAAGAAGUAAUUCUAUAGGGAACGGAGGGAAUAGUCGAAAAUAGAGCAAUGCAGUUGAACAGAUAGAAGUACAUAUGUAUGCAUGUCAG